AUGCUAGCUUCCGUAGUGAGUAACGGCAUUGCAUCGGUUAGGAAAGCGUGGGCCGGUGCUGUUCUCGGGCAUCCUCACUAUAGACGGGGAGGAGAUGGCGUACUCGCUAACGCCCAGUGUGCUCGAGUUGUAUUCAUUGGAUUCGGAGUUCAAGAAAGGGAAGUUAGAAUCUUCGCUCCUCAACAGAAGACUGUUAUUCAUACAUAUUUCACCGCACCGUCGGAAGGGCGCUCAGUGAGUGUUGAGGCAUUGCUUGAUGGGAUAACGUGUAUGACUGUGAUGCCGGCUGGAGAGGACGAAGGCGUGGAUCGAACAGCGGUUGUUGCUGGGUCUACCUCGGGACUGCUGUAUGUCUUCAAUUCCCUGGAUAGCCCUGCACCAUCGGGAGUCGUCACUCUCACUCUCCCUAGUGUUGGAGAAGAGGAAGGACCGUCGGGUGGUAAGUCGUGCCCUGCUGCGACGGCCAUAUGCUACCUCCACGAGGAGGUAUGGGUUGGUCUAGAGAACGGUGGGAUUAUGGUCUUGGACAAAGAAUUCAAUAAAGUGGAUACCUUUACUUCACCAUCGUCAUUGCCUUCUGUUGAGAGUAGUGAGGACAGGAGUGCCAGUGGGCAUCCACAAUCUGCAUCAUCCCAAAGUGCUAUGAGUGGUAGUCACGAUGCCAUCACCUGUAUCAAUUACUGCUACAUGCUCGAUGUGGUAUUCACUCUGGCUGCCCAUCAUACUGUGGUAUUAUGGCGAAGGGAAGACAGGACUAUUGAGCAUGUGUAUCCUACCUCGAUCAUGACGUGUGGUGCGCCACUAUCGGCGUUUGCUGUGGUCCAGUUGGACGUUAAGAUGGAGCUCCCUCUCACAAGGAGCAGUAACCAGGAUAACGCAAGGACCCCUCAAGCAGACGAGUCUGAUAAUGAUGAUGACGGCAGUGAGGAGAUAGUGCAUGGACCAGGAGAGGACAGUACUGCUGCUGGCGCUUCUACUGCUUCUCCUGAGGAAACUCCUAAGAAGAGGAGUCAUAAGAAGAGAGGGAAAAAGCAUCAUGCCAAGUCUUCUGCAUCACCGAGUGGGAGCUCAGGGGAGAUUCAAGCUGCGGGAGCCGCCACUACAAGCGAGGUGGAGAAGCCUGUGGCGCUGAUGGUGUUGGGUGGCACGGAUGGCAGUAUUGUCUUGCGGCAACUCGUUAGGCGCGCAGCGGACUCGAGGCUGCAGAUUAUCCUUCUUCGGCAUUUCGAGUCGCUUGCCGACUUCCAGCGGAGGAUGGAUGAUGAGAACUAUGACGAGUACUGCUACUAA